UUAUUGUUUUAGAAAUUGUGUAUUACAGUAUUACCUAUAGAGAAAUUUUGAUAAAAUUAAUUCAGUAGAUUAGUUGUUUUAAGUCGUCUAGAUUUUAGUGUCGCUAGAUGGAGCCGUAAAAUUUCUCAAAAUCAUGUGGCAAUGGACAUUUUGACGGUUUGAUAAGAAAUUGUGAUGGUGUCAAAACAUAUUUGUGAAAUUAAACAUGAUAGAAAAAUGAAUUGUGUAACCGUGCGGAAAUUGGAGUCAAUAAUCGAGUUUAAAGGAAGUUUGUUCAAUUCUUGACCGGGGUAACAACAUGAGUUGAAAUGAAGAAAGUUAAAAAUUCGACCGAUAUUCACCAAAAGCAGGGCCUUGAGCAGUCUAAAAAGUUGUACAGAUCUACAACAGAGCAAGCAAAACGUUUAGAUGACGCUCGCAGCUGUGCCCGAACCAUCAGCGACUUAUUCACUCCAAACCUGCAAAUGCAACGGCGCAAAUUCUGCGAGUACUGCGAACGGUUAAUUUUUUCCGAUCCCGUCUUGUAUGGAAAAAAAGGAGAAGAGUUACUUUGGCGUAAAGGCCAUUACGACGUCGUUUCCACUGCGAAAAAACUCAAAAAGAAGGAAUACACCGAAAACGAAAUUUGCAACAUACUGGCACAUAUUAAUUCGGGGAUUGGGUUUUACCACCACAUGAUAUCAAAAUUGCAAUGCGAAUUUAACUUGAAUCUGACUCACGUCAUCGAUUUUUCUAUGGGGGGCACAUACGGGAAGAGUGACGUCAGAACAGAGUGUCUAGAAUGGGCGAAUCUUUCUGUACAUCAAUGUUUGAUUUAUUUAGGGGAUUUGAAUCGGUAUAAACUUGAAAUUAAUCCCAAAAUUGAAGCGACUUUAGCUUUCCGCUAUUACCUUCAAGCGAUUUCGUUCAAAUCCGAUCAUGGGAUGCCCCACAAUCAAAUGGGGACUUUAGCAAUGAACCAGAAUAAAUUUUUAGACGCGGUUUAUCACUACAUGCGUUGUUUAGCGUGCACGGUUUCUUUUGACGGGACAACAAACAAUUUGCACAGUCUUUUCGAUAAAAAUUCGAAAUAUUUAGAACAACUCCCAAUGGAACCAAACCCUGAUACAAACACACAAGAUGAUCAUCUUAAAAGAUUUAUCUCGCGUUUCCUUCUCCUUAUCGAUAUUUGGUACUUUAAUAAAAAAGUUGCCAAAGUAUACAGUUUGUGCCACCAAACUUACAAAGAUUUAGAAGAGUGUUUACAAAUCAAGACAAGUAACGGAAGUUGUGAGUCGCCGACCGGAAGCGAAUCGGUUGAAACCGAUUUAACUGAACAAUUGAAUAACGAUAUGAUAUUUAAAAUGAUCGUCAUUUGUCUUUUAUGUAUUUCCAAACUUCAGAAAACAAAUCAGCACCAAGUCUCAACUGCUGUUGCUUUUACACUUGCCAUUUAUUCCCAAUUGGUUCAAAACGUGACCAAUCAUAUACAAGAAAGUGUUCUUAAUUAUCCCUUGCCGGAAGUGGAGGUUAAAAUUGAGCAAAAUGGGGUCGUUAAAGAUCUACUGAAGAAGAAUAAAAAGAAGCGAAACGCGUCUCAGUUACGUAGAAGGAAAGCACUUCCUGUCGAAAUCGAAUCAGAUGAUAGUGAGGGUGAAAAUGAUGAUGGAAUCGAUUCUGAUUCAGAUUCCUCCGAUUCGUUUGUGUCUGAUUCGGAGAAUAUUUUAGCCGAAUCGUCCGAUGAUGAAACUGAUGUUAAAAAAUCUGACGAUUCGGUUAAUGACGAAAACAAUGAUAAAAACGUUGAAGAUAAAAUCGAUGUAAUAAAAAAACUUAAAAGGAUGGACGUGAAUGACAUGCUCGAGAUAAUAACAGAGCAAAGCUCCCUCCAAGCGAUAAAAAUCAUAAACGACUGGUUGAUGCAAGACACCGAAAUAAUAAAAUCUUGCGGUACGAGUACUCGAAGUCUCCUACGCCAAAUAACAAACAUGCUAAACCUGAUUAAUAUCAAUAUAAAAAGUACCAAAAUAUCCGGUAUUAAAUUAGAUGUAAAUAACGUCAUAAAAAACGAAGAGAAAAUCCCCUUGUCGGAAGAUAUUGUUUUGAAAGGUAUUGACAUAUUGGAGAAAGCUCACAAGAAUAUGGAUUGGAAUUAUUUACAUAAACAUGGAAUGAACACGAAAGAAGAGAGCGUCACAAGGAUCGUAAAAUUUAUGGCGUUUGGAAAGUUCCUGACCGGGAUUGAGGAGACCGGGAUCACUUUUGACGAACGGAAAAAUGUUUUUGUUUGUAAAUGCGACGAAAACGACGAGAAUAAAGCUACGAAUUCGGUCGUCGAAGAUUUGGAAAUGCAAGAGGGAGAAAGUGGGCACGUAAUCAGUGAUAAAUUCGAUGAUAAGGACCAACUUAUGAAAAUGAAACAUAUGGGUCAGUUGUGGUUGGCUUCUGAAGUUCGAGCGUUGGAAAAUAGAGUGAAAGGCAAGGCUUCGCUCUCACCUUAUCUAGUUUUAGACGCUGACGCCUUAAUUAAAUAUACAUUUAUGGUUAAACAUUUUGUGCAGUCCAGGAAAUUUAUCGUUUUAAUACCAUCUGCAGUUGUUCAAGCUUUGGACGAUUUAAAACGCGAACAAUCUGAAGCUCGCGACGCCAUCCGUUGGUUGGAAAGUCAAUUUCAUCGCGGAAACCGAUUUUUUCGGGCUCAACGACCCCAAGAACGAGCCGCAAUUCCUUUCAUCAAAUAUCCGAAAAAGAGAGAUAAAGAAAUGUCGAUGUACAUCCAAAUCAUUGAGUGUUGUUAUUAUUUAGCCGAACAACAGAAAGGAGCCGCUAAUCUAAUUACUUUGCUUAUUGGAAAUCAGAACGUUUUGUCGAAUGGUGAAAAUAAAGAGUUUAGUUACGUCGGGUUGGCGCAGUCGGCAGGGAUUUCGAUCGAAUCAAUUACGCAGUUUUAUAGUAAAUGGAAGAAGAGCUACAAGACGAGGAGAUGAAUGGAGAAUAGAACGGGAUAAGGGAUUAUAAGCUUAUCGGAUUAUUCGGAUGAAAAACUGCGGUGGUUUUUGAAGAAUUGUUCAUUUUGGAAUUUUUAACUGCGAACUUUUUAUUCAUUUCAACAGGAUUUUACGUUGUAGUUUUACUUUUGUUGUCAGCAAUAAAUGCUUAUUUUACUGAAA